GCUCCGCCCGGUCGCCCGCCAGCCGCUCGGACCGCGCCGCGCCAGCGCCACGUAGCAGUCCCAUGAUGACCGCGCCCACCGUGGUCCGCCUGCUGGGAGCGGCGCUCCUGCUCGUGCUGAGCAGCCACCUUCAGGGAGCCGACGGUCAGGCCGUCUGCUCGUCACUACAGUUCGCCUGCCAGAACAAGCGCUGCAUCCCGCGCUCGUGGGUGUGUGAUGGCGAGGACGACUGCGGAGACAAGUCCGACGAGCAGCCUGACAUCUGCGGCGUGCGCGAGAGCUGCGACGAAACGCAGUUCACCUGCAACAAUGGCCGCUGCAUCAUCUCACGCUGGCAGUGCGAUGGCGACGACGACUGCUCGGACGGCAGCGACGAGGACCCCAAGCUCUGUGCGGACCGCCAGUGUCGGGCGGACGAGUUCCGCUGCGGCAACGACACCGCGGCCCAGUGUGUGCCGGCCGCCUGGCACUGCGACGGCCACCCGGACUGUCCGAACGGCAACGACGAGGAGGACUGCCCCCGCACCUGCCCGGCCGAUCAGUUCACCUGCGCCGACGGCAAGUGCAUCAACAGCCGCUGGGUCUGCGACGGCGACAGCGACUGCGACGACGGCUCCGAUGAGCUCAACUGUCAGCGGCCCACCUGCAGCCCCGACUCGGAGUUCACCUGCGGCAGCGGCGAGUGCAUCAGUCGCAGCCUGCACUGCGACGGCGACCGCGACUGCCGGGACGCCAGCGACGAGCAGAACUGCCAGGUGGAGCCGUCGUCUGCGGCCAGCGUGUGUCCGCCGGGGGAGGAGAUGUGCGCCGACCAGAUGACGUGCAUCCACCGCGGCUGGAUAUGCGACGGCGACCACGACUGUCCGGACAGCUCGGACGAGGACCCCGCCAAGUGCAGCCGACCGCCGUGUCCGGCGGACCAGUUCCAGUGCGGCGGUCUGGGCGAGUGCGUGGCCCGCGCGCUGGUGUGUAACGGCUCGCCGGACUGCCGAGACGCCAGCGACGAGAGCAAGUGCAACGUGACGACGCUGUGCGACCCCGAGCAACACUUCACGUGCGCCAGCGGCCGCUGCGUGGCCAUCGAGCUGGCCUGCAACGGCGCCGACGACUGCGGCGACGGCUCGGACGAGGGCGCGCUCUGUCAGCGUAACGAGUGCGCCCAGGACAACGGCGGCUGCAGCCACGGCUGCCGCAACCAGCCGGUCGGCUUCCGCUGCUUCUGCCCGCGCGGCUUCCGGCUGAUGGAGGACGGCAAGACGUGCGACGAUAUUGACGAGUGCCAGACGCCGGGGUCCUGCAGCCAGACCUGCAUCAACGAGAAAGGCUCGUUCAAGUGCGAGUGCAUCGAGGGCUACAAGCGCGACCCUGCCGACCACACGUUCUGCAAGGCCGUCGAAGUGCACGCGUCGCUCCUCCUGACGCACGGGCGCGACAUCCGGAAGGUGGGCCUGUACCAGCGCGAGAUGACGUCAAUCGUCAACAAGACACGCUCAGCCAGCUCGGUCGACUACGAGUUCCGCACGGGCCUGGUGUACUGGUCGGACUUCAGCGACCAGCGCAUCUACAAGGCGCCGAUCGACGAGGCGACCGAGCGGACGGUGGUGGUGCGGGACGUCAGGGCUGACGGCAUCGCCGUGGACUGGCUGUACCGGCACCUGUACUGGAUCCGCAACCAGCGCGGCGUCGGCAGCACGAUCGACGUGUCCGACCUCGAUGGCGGCGCGCACGCCACGGUGGUGCGCACUGACCUGCUCAAACCGCGCUCCAUCACACUCGAUCCGGUGCAGGGCUGGAUGUACUGGUCGGACUGGGGCGCGCGGCCGCGGAUCGAGCGCGCCGGCAUGGACGGCAGCCAGCGGCAGACCAUCGUCGACACGCGCAUCGAGUGGCCCAACGGCGUGACGCUGGACUUCGUCAAGCAGCGCGUCUUCUGGGUGGACGCCAAGCUGAAGCUGAUCGAGAGCGCCGACUUCGACGGCGCUAACCGGCGCAUCGUGCUGAGCAGUCCGCUGGCGCUGCACCAUCCGUUCAGCAUCACCACCUUCGAGGACUGGAUCUACUGGACCGACUGGGACAAGAUGAGCGUGUUCAAAGCCAACAAGUUCACUGGCGCCGGUGUCACGAGCGUCGCGCCCAUGGGGAAUCUUCAGUUCCCGGUGGACGUGCUGGUGUACCACCCGUACAGGCAGCCGAACGCCACCAACCACUGUCUGCCGAUCAACGGCCAGUGCUCGCACCUGUGCCUGCCGGCGCCGCGGACGGCCGGCAGCCGGCGGCGCACGGGCUGCGCGUGCCCCGACGGCCUGGCGCUCGGGCCCGACCAGCUCAGCUGUGUCGAAAGUGUGACGGCCGCCACGUCGCCGGAGUCGGGGUCGGUGGAGCGCCACGCACCGGUCGCCGCCGACGACGGCACCAUCGCCGGCGUCGUCAUCGGCUCCAUCGUCUUCGUCCUCGUGCUGGCCGCGAUUGGGUACAUCAUCUAUCGCCAAUGCCCGACCAAAGGCUUCCGCAACUUCGAUAACCCCAUUUACAAGAAGACCACUGUCGAUUCCAUCAAGCUGGAGAAGUCCAGGAGUCCUGGCCACCCUGGCAGAGGAAAUGAAGAGCCGCCGCUCACAGCCGAGCCGAUGCUGGUCAGUCACGUGUGCUGAGCCGCUGUCAGGCCCGAGUCUACAGCCGCUGAACCGGUCGCAGCACGUGGUCUGAGCGCCGGCCGGCGUCCGUCUGUGAUAGGGGGGCAGGCCUGCGUCAUCGCCCCCGGAGCCCGUCGCGUCGCACCGCCCCGCCAUGACAGCGAUGUCUAGUCCACGCACGCGCCGUCUGUCGCCGUUCCAAUUGUUGUCAGCGCGGGGCGUCAGUGGCCCGAGCGCGACCGGACAGAGACGGUCUGCGCCGACUCUGGGGCGCGUCCGCGUCCUCGCGUGCUCAUGUGUUCAGGUCCGACCAGGAUGUAUUGCGUGACUCCUGCGAGCCAGGUGCUUGUGGGCUCGGUGCUCGGCUGCCCAGCAGGCCGUCAGCCGCUGCGCAGCCCACGGUGAUCGAAACUAGGCGCGCUGUGUAACGCGGCGCCGGCAAACGGCAGGCUCGCGGUCAGGGGAAAAUCUCGCGUUCUGUAUCUCUGGGUCUCAAACGCAUGUGCGUGGCGCGGUCUGAACCGGGACGCCUGUCGACGGCUGGGCAUGAUCAGGAGGAAGGCCGGACUCUCCGUCGCACGUCGCUGGUCCCUGAGCCGGGUUGUCUUCACUCUACCGACCGCCGUGCGACCCGGGGUUGAGGGAGGCAGCGAUGCCAGUCGCGGAAGUCAUGAGGCUGACCGGCUGAUGCAGUACUGCUGCGCGCGUCGCCACCAGUUGUCCGCGGCUGGUAGUAUCUCGUAAUUGAUGUCUUCCCUGGCUCAAGGGGAACGGAAGACGACGGCCAAUAUCGCCCGCAUACCUACUGAUAUACCACUUUUGCUUGCUGCCUGCAAGUUUCCUACAUCGCAUGCGGAGGCUAGUUGUGGUCGCCACCAUGCGGACGGCAGCAGUGAAGGCUCGACGAUAGGCAUGUAUUUGCUAGAAACCAGGUGUUUGUGAUAACUGCAAAAUCUUCGUCGUCGCGUUUUUUCGGCGACCGACCUCGUAGCCCUUGUUUGUGGUCCGAGUCCAUUUGCCGGAUGCGCUAGCGGAUACGGCAUCCGUGGGAGUCUGCCUCAAGACUCAAGUGUCGCCAUCCGACUCGCGUUGCCGAUGGACGCUUAGGAAAUGUAGGUCUGGUAGACGGUGGCAAGAGCUUUCGAUGUGUUAGUGUCUGAAUGUUGUCGCCAGAUGUUCGCUGCGUGUGUUGAAUCCCAUAUUUAUUUUGUACAUAUCGAUUAAUAUGGGCGCGACCCCAUGCCAUCACCGCAAACUUGUAAGGGGCUUGGUGCCGCGUAUGUCGUACAAUAGGGACAAAGUCCCAUCAUCCAUGUCCAGCAUGAUUCGUUAAUACACGAUUUCCAACGA